UUUCCUUGGAGGUUGGAUGGCAAUUCGGUAGCGUUUGUGUUUUUUAAUAUUUUGGAUCAAAUUGGAAGUUCGGAACUGUAGCUACAACCUUAAAGGAACGGGGUGACAUCUUGUAGUAACGUGUUCUUGAUUUUAUCUACCGUGUGAUUGGCAUGUAAACGUAAAUUCAAUUUGUUUGGCCAUUGUGUUUACAUCGUCGUGGGUAGUAAGGAGCAAGGUUCAUGAACUUUGCUUCUUGAAGACAUGGAUGAAUUAAAGUAUAAAUAUCAAUACAUUGCACCAACAGCCUUGCAUAUUAAUGAAGAGAUUGGAACAUCACAAUUUUACACAUCUACUGCAGAGGGAUUUGAUGCACAGAUAUCCAGUCUGGUGGAGGUGUUUUUGGUGGAAAUUUACAGGUGUAAGUUAUGCCAGUUUACCAGCAGUGUCAAAAAUAAAAUAAGUCUCCAUGUGUCUGAUAUGCACCAGCAUCUCAUGCCAGGCAGGCUGGAAAUCACUAAUCAAGAAGAUAAUGAUUCUUAUGGUAUUGGAGAGGAAGUUGCUCAAGAGAACAAAGAGAAUGAGGAGAACCUGGAUAAGUUGCCAUUCUUGUUGCCCAUGUAUAGACUGCUGAACACAAUGAGUCCUGAGUCAUGUGACUUGACCCUUGGUGAUCACAGCAGCAAUACAAACGUGGUCAGUACAAGUGAAGUGAAUUCACUCUUUGAAGAAGAAACUUCCCAGUUUCAUUUAGAUGAGUCGGUCCAAUUGGACUCCAUUUCAUCUUCAGCUGCUGCUAUCUCCCCUUUAUCCCAAAAAGAUAAAGAUGAGGCAGAUGCGCAGUGUGAACAUUUAUUAUCUCUGGGACUCUGUCGAAUCUCCAACAUUAAGACACAUUCCUUAGUAGUUGAAACAGAGUCUUCAAAAACAGAGGCCAGGACCCAUUCUUCCGAAACAUCAAGUAAAGACGCAGAGUCUGGCUGCCUCACUACAGACACCUGGAAGAAAGAAAAUGUAUUUCACAAACAGAAGUAUAUCUGUGACACUUGUCAACUAGAUCUUAAAACUAAAGACACUUACAGAACUCAUAUGCAGUGUCACAACGGGCAUGAUCGUUUUAAGUGCAUUUACUGUGGUUGCUACAUUUCGAAAUGGGUAUCGAUGGACAAGCACAUACAAUCACACAGACGGAGUAGAAAGAGCUAUCAGUGUCUGCAGUGUAGGAAAUGUUUUGUUACACAAAGAGCAUGGUACAGACAUGACGAAAAUUGCCAGGUUUUCACCUGCACAAAAUGCUCUUCAUCUUUUGAAACUGAACGCAUCAGAGACCUUCACCUGAGUUGCCAUCAUGAUGAUGUGUUUAAAUGCUGGCAGUGCGAAUUAGUUGAUCAAGAUUGGAGCAAGCUGUAUGAACAUUUGUGUAUUCAUGACAUUACUCUUAAGCCCUACACAUGUAAGACAUGUAACAAAAAAUUCUUCAGAGAAGCACAGCUGAAGGCACACCAAGCAAGGCACAAAAAGCACAGAUCUUGUGCAUGUCCAUUAUGUGAUCAAACAUUUAAGAACAGCUACCAAAUGAGCAGACAUCAAAAACGUUUCCAUCACAAACCGAACAUCAGCGAGGGAAAGAAAAGAAAGAAAAAGAAAGCAGAUGCACACAGCUAUGUUACUAGAGUUGACGUUUACACCAAUUCACAAAGUGUUAAGAGAGAAUUUUCUUGUGAUAUUUGCAGCAGGAAAUGUUCAUCUAAAUUGGCUCUUCAAAGACACAUGGGAGUGCAUGCUGGAGAAAAACCGUUCCAAUGCCAACAGUGCGAGUAUAAAACCAGACUGAAGGCUUCAUUGAUACAACAUAUGAGAAUUCAUACCGGUGAAAAGCCUUUCAAAUGUGAGUUGUGCUCAUAUGCUUCAAUAGAUUCCAGUUCUCUGCGAAGACAUGUCAGAUCUCAUACCAAUGAAAAGCCUUAUAAAUGCCAAUGCUGUUCGUAUAGUUGUAUUCAGAAGAAGAGCCUGGACCUUCACGUUCGGCGUCACCACACAGGAGAAAUGUUCCACUGCAGCGUUUGUGAAUAUUCAUCCCCUGACAAGCAGUUACUGCAGAAACAUGUGAAGAAGUAUCAUGUCACAGGGGCAUCUGAACUAUCCAAUGUUCAAGCCAAGAACACUUAAAACAUGUGCAGGUUGCACAGGCACUGACGUUACGUGAAUAUUAAACUCUGUUACAUAUGAUGGGCUUAGUGCAACGUUUUCAUCAAACAGUUCUAUAAUCCCUCUUCUAAACUAGAAUGAUGCUAUGUGAUGUUGCUACACAUCAGGGAGAAUAACUGUACAUCUAAUUGGUCUGUGUGAAAAUGUGAUUACAGAAAAUCAUCUGUCCUGGUUGCUGGUAGAUAAAGCCAGUAUUUCAGUAAGAUAUCAAGCUGGAAAUUCAUACAUUUUAAAAUGUGCACAAUAAGCAGUUUAAACUUUUUUUUUUUUUUUUUUUUUUUUAAUUUAUGGUAACGCAAGGUAUCACUAUAUUGAUAUUUGCAAUAUUUUAGUUCUUUUCAGUGUUUCACAGUUGCUGAAAUCUGCAUAGAUCUGCAGAUUGUUUUGUUACAGUAUGUAUUGUCAAAAUCUGUGUAUUAUACACCUGUGUGGCAAUGAAUCUCAGACUGCCUGCAAGGGUAUACAGCAAUGGUUAAUCGUGGAAAUCUUUUGGGCCCACUUAGGGACAUACACAGAUCCUGGCCUGUCAGUGUACCACAAGGACACGGCUGGAAGUCACACCACUUCAGUGUAGUAGAUUCAUUUAUUCAUAAAAUAUAAAAACAGAAAAACUAGGAGAAACCAUUGUAAAUAAACCCUGAUUAGCAAACAUAGACAGAGACACCAGGGAUAUUGAGACAAAGCCCCACCUCCUAGGCAGACAGCCGUUGUUUCAUCGGCCGGGUCAAAAAAUACACUGCUCCCGUAGAUGCCAAGCUGUGUAUAAUUGCAAAUAAUAUAAACAGAAAGAAAGUCCAGGAGUUGGGAAGCAAUGAAAGCGGAAAAGAC